AUGUAUUUAUGGUUCUUGGUUGUUAUGACCUGUUUAUGCGGAGUAGUUACUUGGAUUUCUCUCAUAUCACUGUAUUAUAUUUUGGCUGUAGCCAUGUAUAACAUGCCAGCAGCGUUAGAAGAAGUACAGAUUGUUCUUCUCCAUUCUAGAUAUCAUGGCUUUCAUGGACUGAUUCUUGGAUUUACAAUGAUCUUAAAACAACAAAUUCCAGAUGAAUUUCCAAUCAACUUUAUUCCACUCAGAGCAAAGAAUGUCCCAUUUAUUACACUCGUGAUUAGUGUUGCCUUGUCAUUUCUCACCAACCAAGUCUCAGAUUUACCUUUUAUAAUAUUUGGCUUUUAUAUUUCUUGGGUCUAUUUAAGAUUUUACCAGACCACACAAGAUGGCACAAAAGGAGAUCAUUCGGAUUCCUUUGCGUUUCAUACACUUUUUCCUAGCAUUUUACAUCCUUUAUUGGAGCCAUUUGGGACUAAGGUUUAUAAUCUUGCAAGACAGUUCAAAAUUGUAUCAGACAUUAGGACUGUUCAACAACCUCAACCUUCCUUCACAAACAAAGUAUCUCUCAGUUCAAAUUUUGACAGCAUUUUCUUAGAUUCUCCAAUUAAGCCGCUUGUGCAAAGCAGCACCGCAUCUCCACAAAUUGAUCAACAUUUGACAACUCCAAAGACAUCCGAACAAACAACUAAGAGACGAGAAUUAGCUCUGCAAGAGCUUGAUAAGAAAUUGCAAAGUAACAUGAACACUGCCAAUAAAGUGGACAAAAGUGAAAACGUUUAA